UCUCCUGCAGGCUGCGUGGCUUCCCGAGAACUAUCCUAACUGCGAACUUUUUAACGUUGUCUAUUUGCGACGCAGACAAAUGGCUCAACCGUUCCCGAACCCUUUAGGAUGCGAUGCAGUUUUAAACUCGGAAUGCGGGUUUGUCUAAAUUGUGCCACAACUUCAAACAAAUCAGCGACGGGACAAGUUUGAACCGAGAUAAAGGAAUCCCGGAUCAGCUUUGCGCCCAUCAAGGUCCAAGUCAAGAUGUCUGUCAGUAACCACGAAAACAGAAAGUCUCGCUCUAGUUCCGGCUCCAUGAAUAUCCAACUCUUCCACAAGACGACCCACGCUGACAGCCUGUUGACGCAGCUCAACCUGUUACGCAAACGAAAAGUCUUCACAGAUGUCGUCCUAAAGGCCGGAAGCCGCUCCUUCCCUUGCCACCGGGCCGUCCUGGCCUCCUGUAGCCGAUACUUUGAGGCCAUGUUCAGCGGCGGGCUCAGGGAGAGUCGCGACGCCGAAGUCAACUUCCACGACUCCCUCCAUCCAGAGGUGCUGGAGCUCUUGCUCGACUACGCCUACUCGGCCCGAAUCAUCAUCAACGAGGAAAAUGCGGAGUCGCUCCUGGAAGCCGGCGACAUGCUUCAGUUUCACGACAUCAGGGACGCUGCGGCAGAGUUUCUGGAGAAGAACCUCGACCAGUCAAACUGCCUGGGGAUGAUGCUGCUGUCAGACGCCCAUCAGUGCCAGAGACUGUACGAGCUGUCGUGGAGGAUGUGCCUGGCAGACUUUGCCACUCUCUUCAGGACUGAGGACUUCCUCAGCCUGCCCAGAGACAAAGUCCAGGAGCUGAUCCUCAGCGAGGAACUGGAGGUGGAGGACGAGAGCCUGGUGUACGAGGCUGUUAUCGACUGGGUCAAGGCCGACAUGGAGCACAGGCACAGCGAGCUGCCCGAGCUGCUGCGUUGUGUCCGUCUGGCGCUGCUCCCUGAAACAUACCUGCUAAAGAACGUUGCUUCAGAGGAGCUGGUGAUGUGCCAUAAGGUGGGACGGGAGAUCGUCGAAGACGCGGUACAGUGCAAAAUGAGGAUCCUCCAGAAUGACGGUAUUGUAACGGGCUUCUGCGCCAGGCCGAGGAAAGUCAGCCAGGCCCUACUGCUGCUGGGAGGACAGACCUUCAUGUGUGAUAAAGUCUACAUGAUCGACAACAAGACUAAGGAGAUCACCCCCAAGACAGACAUCCCCAGCCCCAGGAAAGAAUGCAGCGCAUGUGCAAUUGGUUGCAAGGUGUAUGUAACCGGUGGACGUGGCUCUGAAAACGGGGCCUCCAAAGAUGUCUGGGUCUACGACACGUUACACGACGAGUGGUCCAAAGCUUCACCUAUGCUGGUAGCCAGGUUCGGACACGGGUCGGCGGAGCUCGACCACAUGCUGUACGUUGUGGGAGGACACACUUCUCUUGCAGGAUCGUUCCCCGCAUCCCCGUCUGUGUCCCUCAAACAGGUGGAACAGUACGACCCUCAGACCAAUAAAUGGACGCUGGUGGCUCCGCUCAGAGAGGGGGUGAGCAACGCUGCCGUCGUCGGUGCCAAAAACAAACUCUUUGCCUUCGGGGGCACCAGCGUGAACAGAGACAAAUACCCCAAGGUGCAGUGCUUUGACCCAUGCCAGAACCGGUGGUCUGUGCCGGCCGCCUGUCCGCAGCUGUGGCGCUACACGGCAGCGGCCGUGGUUGGCAACCAUGUCGUGGUGAUCGGUGGCGACACGGAAUUCUCUGCCAGCUCCGCUUACCGGUUCAACAGCGAGACGUACCAGUGGUCAAAGUUUGGCGACGUGACGGCCAAGCGGAUCAGCUGUCACGCGGUGGCGUCAGGAAACAGGCUGUAUGUGGUUGGGGGUUACUUUGGGGCUCAGAGGUGUAAAACACUCGACUGUUACGAUCCCUCGUCGGACUCUUGGGACAGCGUGACCAGUGUGCCCUACUCACUCAUUCCCACCGCCUUCGUCAGCACAUGGAAGUACCUCUCAGCAUAGAGAGGAACGCACUCUUUGAGAUAAGCAGCGGUGUCUGGUAUGCAGGCGUGUUUCUCACUUUACUGUCUGCACGGAGGAAGAGGAAGAGUCUGUGUAGUCCUGAGGCUGCGGCUCCAUCCAGCCUGAUUCACAUCCAUCGUCAGCUGCAGAGAAGCGAAUGCCCGAGUCCUAGAGACGGCCCAGAGACUGGAAGUCUGCCGCCUCUUUCCACCUGAUCUGUUUACUCGUUCUUCUUGUGUAACUUUCCCAUGUAGCCACUAGCCGUGAGCUGGACCCGUUGCCAUGUUUACUAAAGGGAGCUCACAACCUCUAUCUUAACAUGCGAAGCACAGCCGGGAAGCAGAGCGAUAGUAUAGAUGUGUGCUCUGGGAUUUUUCCUCCUCCUGGGGAGAAUCUGCUGCGGUGACUGUAUGGGCCCUGCACUGCUCAGCUGACUCACGACAUCAUUUAAUAUGUGUAUCAUCUCGCCAGUAGAUUACCAGUUUAACAGACUAAGGACUUAUUAGAGUCUCUCACUGACUUGUGGUUUUACAGUGAACUGAAAGAGAAAGUCAGAUGGUCCUUUGUUGUAGUUUCUCUCCCCUCCAGUCACUCGGCGAUUACUCAGGUGUAAUUUAUUUGGACUGCUGAUGGACAGAAUUAGACCUUUGCUCUGCCAGGUGUAUGGAGAAGGAGAGAAGACAUUUGGGGAAGUGUAUGAUUUUGUGCACAGAAACGAUCUUCCCGUCUUUAUUUUUAGCCUUCGGACUCGGGCUUCCCUCAAUUUUGGUAAGCUAAACUUGUAUCAUCCUCCUCGACUUAAAAUACAUGCUCGCAAGAGAGAAUGUGGCCCAUUACGGCCGAAGAAGAUACUUUUUCUGUUUCGAGAUGUUAUUUCAAACUAUGAUUUUGUCAUGUUUUUGUGUAUAUUGUGUCUCAGGGUUUUGUUUUGUUUGGCCUGUAUUUGUUCGAGCUAAGGUAACUUCUAACUCCUUCGAGCACAUCUGCCAACGUCUUGUUUUUUUGUGAAUGUAUCAUUUUGUGAGAAACAGUUUGACAGAAAUCUCUUAUUUUAGAAUACGUUCUUACAUUGUUUUGUCAAGUGUAAAUGUAUGAUUACAUUUAAUAGCGGUGGUCGUAUGUAUACAUGUAUAUAUAUAUUGCCAAAACCUGAACCAUUCUGGAUUUAAAUAACUAAAGCUAAGUGUGUCCAAAGUAGUUAAAUACUUUCUAGCUAUGAUAUGUUUUCAUUUUAUAUUUCCGGAUCUUUAAUGGAAGUCUUUUGUGUUUAUAGUUUGUAUAUUUGCUUUGUAAUGAAUUUGUAGAAGCCUUUGAUUUGCACAUUUUGUACAAUGGAAACUCUUAAUGGUCUUAAUUUUGUAUCUUUGUCUUAACCCAGCUGGGGUAGUGUGAAUAAUCAGUGUUUUUGUAGCAAGUUAUCAAGUUGAACGAUCUUCAUUUGCUCUGUGUGCAAGUCUGCAGUUUUCCAAUAUAUCAAAUACACUUGAUAUGUUAAGCUAUUACUGAUAAACCAUCUGUUACUCCAUAUACAGCUCACCCCUCAUCAAUAAAUAUCUUGUUAGAAAACUA